GUAUUCAAUCGAUUGUAUCACCGCCACCUUCAACAACAGCAAGUAGAAUAGCUAUUGUAACAUUUCGACGUGCUGAAGAAGCUGAAUGUGCUUAUCAAGCAAUUCAAGGCGGAGCUAAAAUAUUAUUCUCUACUCCUGUUUCUGUUGAAUUACAUCCAGGUACAAAUGGCACUGAUGAGAUAUCUGUUAAGCGUUCUUCAGCGUCAAGCACACCUUUGGGAGUAGCAAAUACUAAUACAGUCAAUUCAUCGUCAUUAUCAUCAUCAACAACAACAGCACAGAAUAAUAAAACACUGAAUUCUACUCAUUCAACAAGUGAAGAUCAACAUCAUCCUCAUCAACAGCAACAACUCAUGCUGAAUAAAUCACCGACAAGAACUCUACAUGUUGCUGGUCUUACAGUCGGACCAACUGGACCUGUAACCUCUGAACAAUUGACUACAGCAUUUCGUAAAUUUGGUGAUAUAAUAAAUGUACAACUCAAACCAAGUUCACAUUCAGCUCUUAUACAAUUUGCUGAAAUGCGUGGUCCAAUUCGUGCAAUGAAUGCACAUGCACGUGAACCUUUACGUUUAGGUGGUCGUCCACUUUCUCUUGCCUAUACACCAAGUACACCGACAACAUGUUUAUGGGUAUCAGAUUUACCAGGAUCAUUAGCGAGUUUAUCUCAUGAUGAAUUAUUACAUACCCUGUCACAAAUAGCUCCUGUUCAAGAGAUCGCUCUUAUCAAUCGUAAUGAUCAAAGUUCACGGACUCAAUCGACUGGAUCGAUAUCUGCGUCUACAUCACCAUCACAAUCACAAUCACAGUCAUCAACUCAAACACCACCACAUUGUGCUGCUUAUAUUAAAUUAAAUUCUACUGAACAUGCAAUACGUUUAUUAAAUGAAUUACGCUCUGGCAAGUAUUCAGUGUUAUCAUCAUCAUCCACGUCAACUACAACGGCAACGUCAACGUCAACGACGACAACAACAACUACAACGUCAUCUACUGAUUCAGAUAAAGCGUCAACACGACGUCCUAUAGCAGUUGAUUUUGCCAGUCCUAGACAAUCAAAUAUUGUUGCUAAUUUACAAUUGAAUGCUUCAAGAUCAUCACUUAAUUCACAUCGUGUUAAAAUUAUCUCCUCCUCCUCCUGUUCCGCCUCCUUCUCUGCUUCAAAUUCAAUCGAUCGAUGGGAUUCAGCGAUGAGUAAAUCAUCGAUCAAUAAUAGCAAUAGUAAUAGUAGUAAUAAUCUACAAUUACCUAGUGCAUCAUUAGCCAGUACAACGCUGACAUCGAAAUCAAUUGAUUGCAGUAACAACAGUGUGAAUACAAAAGUCUCCUUGUUGUAUAGUACCACUAUUAAUACUACUACUACAACGACAAUAUCACAGCCAACAAUCACCUCUGCAUCAUCCUUAUCUUCUAGUCAUACUACUCCUCCUCCUGCUCCUCCUAAUCAUCAAGAUAAUCUGUUGAACAGUUCAACGCCGACAACGCCACGAACAACAUCGAUUAGCAAACAAUCCGAUGUAGGCGGAGGAGAAGGAGUAGGAGGAGGCAGGAUAUCUAGUCGUCGUCAUAAGUCAUCAACACGGUCGAAUCAUCCUAUGCCUUCUCAACCGCAGACUCAGUCAAACAACAAUAGUAGUAGUAGCGUGUUGUUAUCAAAUCGUGUUUCUGCCGCUUCUCCCGCCACUGUCACCGCCACCUCGUAUCCUCAACAACUAACAAGAAAUUGUUUAAAACGUUCCCAUGAUAAUAAUACUAGUCCGUGUAGUAGUUUGAGUACAAGCAGUAGUGUCAGUAGUACAAGUGUGAGUAGUGACGAUGAUGACGAUGACAGUUCGACCAGCAGUAGUAGUACAAGUUCUAGCAGCAGCAGUAGUAUCAGUAGCGUUAGCAGUAGCAGUGUCAGUAGUAUCAGCAGCAGCAGCAGCAGUAGUGGCAGUAGUGCAUCAAUAUCGUCUAAAAGCGCUUCCUCUCGUCAUCGUCGACGACGUCAACAUCAACAGAAUACCACUACUACUAAUAAUAAUAAUAACAAUGAUAAAACCUUAUCAGGAAAAAUCAAUACCACCAGCAGUAAUAACAUUAGUAACAGUAAUAGCAGUCAUAAAAUUUCAAAAUCUCUUGAUUCACAUACCACUACAAUGACGACGACGGCGACUACAACGCCGACUCCUAUGGAUGUUGAUGAUAAUAAUAAUAAUAAACGCUUGAAUAAGCCUACAGAACGUAAUUCCUCCUCCUUAUCCACUGGAAAAUGUGAAAAUCCUAUCAAGUUACAACAGAAAUCAUCUAUGCUGCAUACAAAUAAACUAUUGAAAAAAGAAGACAAUCGUUCAAAAAAGACUGAUUCUUCAUCAUCAUCAUCGUUACACUCGUCUUCAUCAACUGGAAAGUCAGUUGCUGGUGGUGAUUCAAAUUCAUCCUGGUUAACUGAUCCAAACUCGGAUUCAUCAUUUAUUCAACAGCAACAGCCCCAACAACACCAACACCAACAACCUUUGAGAGUGAUGACAAUGAAUUCCUCUGUAUUAUCACCUAUACGUAGUUCAACUGCUAGUGGUGGUGGCGGAGGUCUUUCUAGUCCUGGAGGAUCGUGUUCUUCUCUGAUCGGUAGUAAUACCUCCGGCAAUAGUAGUAUUCGUCGAACCCCUAAUAGUAAUAAUAGUGGUCAAUAUGAAUUCCUUGGUCCAUCCACGAAUCAUCAUCAUCAGUCAUCGUUGAGACUGUCAGCAACAACCACUCCUACGUCCACGCCUACAUCUGCUACGAUUCCCCAACCAAUUAUCAACCAUACUCCUACUGCUACUACAACACCACCAACAGGUUUAACAAUGAUGGGAGGAGAGUUUAGAGUGAGUCCGACACCGCCACCACCGGCGACAAGAGUAUAUUCUGCUAGUGGAGGGAGUAGUGGAGUAAGUAGUGGUGGGCCAAGUUUUAGUAGUACACAUAGCAGUGGUGGGGGAGGUGGAAGUACUGGUAGUAGUCCGUUAACAACAACAACCAGCAAUCAUUCAAUAACAAGUCAUCAUCCUUGUCAGUCGAAAUCAUCAUCAUCUAAUCAGCCUCAAUAUCAAUUGAAAGUGACUUCAUCAUCAGCGUCGUCGGCGUCAUCGGCGUCCUCGUCAUCAUCAUCAUCAUCUCCUUCUCUGAGAAGUAAAAUAAGUCAUCAUUAUAUAGGAGGAAUUGAUACAUCUUCUCAUAUAAAUAAUAAUAAUAAUAACAAUAAUAAAUCAACUUCUUAUAAAGUACAUCUACUACCAUCGAAUUCUACACUGACAUCAUCACCGCCAAAUUCUAUUACAACUACAACGACGACCACUGCUACCACCACCACACCUUUAACAGUUUCCAUUAAACUGACUGGUAUUCAUCGAUCCUGUCAAUCGAGUAGCAGUAAUCUAAUCUCACCAGGUAGUCUAUCAGAGACUAGUGAUGUCAACAGUAUUAACAAUAAUCAUUCAGAUAAACAUGAUUCUUUACCGUUGACACCAGUUUCAGCUCCACCACUUGGUACUCGUAGUAGUGGUGGUUGUCGUAGUGGUGGUAAGACAUCACGUCAUUCAUCUUCUUGUUCAUCAACUGAUCCUAGACGUCAUAGUAUUGACAUUGAACCGACUGGGGGUGGUGGUGGUGGUGGUAGUGGAACAAUAACACAUAGUGAUUGUUUAACAGAUUGGUGGAGUAAUGAAUCCCCUGUGUAUGAAUCUAUGUAUGAUAAAAUAAAACGUCGGACAAACAAGGAGGCUGAAGAACGUCGUCAACGUCAACUUGAAGCCUAUGCAGCACGUGAGAAAAAGAAUAAAAAACAAAGAAAAAAGGAGGAACAGCAACAACACCAACACCAAAUGAAUACAACUUCACCAGCAUCAUCAUCUGGUCAUCAUAUAAUCCAGAUGUCUUCACCAGAUUCCCUGAGUAAUGAACAACAUCACUACAGUGAUGGUGGUGGUGGUAGCGGUGGUUGUGGUAAGCUGAAUACAUAUCCGUCGAGUAUGGAUGGUGGCGGUGUUGGUGGUGGUGGCCAUAAAUCCUCAGCAUCAUCAUCAUCGCAUCAUUCAACGACUAGUACAAGCUCAAGAUGUAAAGUAGACAAUAAUCGAUCCUUGUCAAAUAAACGACAGAAGCCUGAUACAAUGCCUACAUCACACUCUUUCCUUGAUGACAAUAAUAAUAACAAUAACAAUACUGUCAAUCACUUAUCCUCGUCUCAAUGGCAUUCACAUACAACAGAUCGAUUAUGUACUAAUCCCAAUGAAUCUGAUUUAUAUUCACGUCGAAUGUCUAGAAAUAAUACAAUGACUACGAAUACAUCAUCAAGUGGAAAACAUGAUCAGCAUCCUCCCCAUCGUGAUCGAGAUCGUCAUCACAGUCAUCGUCGUCAUAAUCAUCAACAUCAUCAGCAUCAGCAUCGGAGACGACGGAGAAGAAGUAUUGUCAGUUCAUCGUUAUCCUCGUCAUUGUUAUCCACCGAUGACGACGUCAACGAUAAUGAUCAUGAUAAUGAGGAUGAGGAUGAUGACGAGUGUGAUUCAAACUCUCCACCAGAAACAUUGACCCGAUUAAGUUUAGGCAUGCGAUUCCCUGUCUCUGCUACCUAUCAUGAGUGUAUACGACCGACAAAAUCUACACCGAAUCGUAAUCAUCAUAAUAAAUGGUCGAAUCUAAGCGAUGAAGACAAUGAGAAUCUCAAUCAUGAUAAUGAUCAUAAAUACAGUAAUAAUAAUAACCACCACCACCCUCACCUCCACCAUGAUGACAAUGAAGAUGACAGAUUAAGCCAAUUAAGUUCAUCUUUAUCCUAUUCAAGUAACAAUGAUCAUAACGAUGACGGCGAUGGCGAUGUCGAUGUUGGCGCUGACAGAAGUAAGCAGCAUAAUAUUGUUCUAAGGCUGAAGAAUUCAAACAAACGAAAAUCCGAUCGUUAUCAUCAUCAUCAUUCGACAAAUAAAUUGAAUAAUAAUAAUAGUAAUAAUAAUUAUAAUCAAUUGAAAAAGACAAAUUACAACAACACAACAACAACAACGGGUUUUAAUUCGUCUACACCAUACAAUCGUAAUUGGUGGGAGACAAAUGAAAGUAGGAAUAAUAAACCAAUUAAUCUGUCAUCAAUUACAUCAGAUUGGAAGAUGUCAACGACAACAGCAGCAGCAACAACGACAAAGACAGAGAAGAAAUCAAAAUCUCAUCAUAACAGCAACAACAACAACAACAAAAAGACGACUACGACGCCUAUUGGUGGUGGUGGUGUUAACAACAGCAACAACAACCCCACCAGUAGAACAGGGAAACAACUCUUCAAAUCUCUGUCAUCAACCACCAAUACUAACAAUAAUAAUACUAAUAAUACUAAUGCAGAGAAACGUAAAUUAUCUUCUGAUAAAAUCCUAUAUGAUCAUAAUAAUAAUAAUAAUAGUAAUCUGUUAAAAAGACGACAUAAUGACAAUUAUUCAUCAUCGAAGUCUGCUACGGAUAUACAUCCGAAUAAACGUAAAAAGCUUAGUGUUGUGAAUAACAAUACUACUACUACUACUGCUAAUGAUACAACCAAAAGUAGAAACAAUGGGAAUGAUGAUAUUACUAAUACUAACAGUAAUAAAAUGUACAAUUCUACAAAUCAUAAUCGAUAUUGUUCAUCGCCGAAACUCUCGAAUCUCCGUAAUCAUCAUCACCAUCAUCCUUCGCCUCCUGCACAUCACAGAAAACGAGAAGGACUUCGACAUCGGGAACAUCGGCAACAACGUCAUCGUCUUCAUAGUGCUAAACAACCGUAUUUCUCUGAUGAUGAUGACGAAGAGGAGGGGGAUGGUACAAUUAUCGACUCUGAAAUUGAAGAUGUUAAAGACGCCAACUAUUUUAUCAAUGGUCGUAGUCGUCAUAGUCGUCGUACAACAACAACAACUCAAAGAUCAUCAUCAACUUUAUUCUUAACAUCACUGUCAUCAUCAUCACCUGGUAUGCAUAGUGAAAAUGAUCAUGAAGAAAGUUUAAAUGAAUCUCAUCUUCUUUAUAAUUUUAAAUCUCAUCAUUUAUUGCAUAGUCCAAAUUCCAGACGUUAUCAUCAUCCCCACCAUCAUCAACAUCAGCAUCAUUAUCAAUCCGAUGAUUAUGCUAGAAAACACAAGAAAACUGAUGAUGAUCUGUUCACUUUGAAUGCAAUAAGUAAUCCUCUUCAAUCAAGAGGUCUUGGUGGUGAUUCAAUGUUGUUUGAUGCCUUACUUGAUUCAGAUCGUCUUUCAGCCAAUUCAAAAUCGACUAUAUCAACAGAACCAAUGGAACAAGGUGAACUUGAUGAUGUGGAUGACAAUGAAGAUGUAGAUGAUGAUGUUGACGAAGAUGAUGAUGUAAUGAUGAAUAGUACUAGUCCAUGUUUGAUGAAAUUCAAUACUACAACUGACGGUGAAGAGGAUGAUGACGAUGAUGAUUGGCAUUCUGGUUUAGCAUCAAGUUCACCGCAUCCAGUCCACCUAGAAUUUGAUGACGAUGAUGAUGAUGGCGGCGGCGGUGGUGGCGAUGGAGGUGGCUGUCGUAAUGAAGUUGGUAAAGAUUGUGAACUCCUAGGCGGUGGUGGAGGAAGAGGGGAUAAUAAAACUGACCUGAAGCAUACCUAUCAUCAGUGUGAUUCACCUGUUGGAAAGUUAUUAUCAUCAUCAUCAUCUCAUUCUAUGAUGAUAGAAUCUUCAUCAGAUGAUAAUGAUGAUGAGGGUGAUGUUGAGAAGCCGUCAUCUAUCAUCCAUGGUGUAAAGAAUCAGCAUAUUCUAUCCUCUUCUUCUUUCUCUUUAUGUCUUCAUGAAGAUGAAAAGAAAUUUGACAGUAGUUUCGGUGAAUCAGAAUGUCAGAAUUAUAAUAAUAAUAAUAACAGUAAUAGUAAUGCUGUGAAGGUGUGCAAUUCACCAAUUCAAAUGAGUCGACUAUCUCCUAUCGAUAAUAAACAACGACAACAUCUAUUGUUCAAUAAACAAGAGUUAGACGAUAGGCGAACAUCAACGCCUGUCUGUGCUAACGAUGAUGAUGAUGAAGAGCUGCCUUCAAUGAAAAUUGAGUGUAGUAAACAACAUCAACAACAACACCAUGAUAAAUCUGGAUUGAAGAGCUCUUCUCCUCCGCCUCCUCCCCCACCUCCUUCAAUUCAAUCACCUAUAGUUAUCGUCAAUACACCCAAAGUGGACAAUAGUAAUAAUAAUGACCUACCGCCGACACUUUCGUUACCUUCGGAGACUACUACUACUGCUGCUGCAAGUAGUAGUAGUAGUACUAAGCAUGAAGAUGUUUCUAAAAUUGUUACUGACGAUCAUCAAUCAUGGUUGGUUAAUGUAGUUGGACAGUUGGGAACAAGUAAAUCUUCCACAGAUCCUACUACCACUACUACUACUACUGCUAGUUGUAGUAUCAGUAGUACAAUUCCUGUUUCCUCGUCUUCAUCAUCAUUAUCACCAUCGCCGAAUGUAUACACUAAUUCUCUUGUUACUACUAGUCGAAGUGGUGAUACAAUGAUGAUGCCGACAAUGUUAAUGAAAACCUCUCCAAAAAUUAUUGACACUACAUCCUUGUCAUCAUCAUCAUCGUCUUCUUCAUCAUAUAUGAUUGUGUCUAAUUCAUCGAUGCUUUCUACUGCCACAAACACAACAUCAGCAACAACAACAACACAAUCGCAUGAUUCCACAUCGACACCAAUGUCAACGUCAACGAUGCUUGUUGGUGGUGGUGUUAUUCCAAAGCUACUGAAUAAUAAUGCGUCAUCAUUAAUUCUCGAUAAUAAAACUGUUUGUACUAAACAAUCACCUUCAGAGAAUAAUUCUGUUCAUCAUCCAAUAACUCGUCAGACAUCAUACUUGAAUAAUAACACUAAUAAUCAUAGUAAUAUGAAGUCUAUAACGUCUUUGCCGUCAUCAACAAUGCCAUUGAAUUCUCAGCCAACUGAAGUGCACGAUAUUACACGUUAUGUACAAAGUGUUAUUGAACGUGUUAAAGCUGAACGUGUUGAAGAGAAUCAACAAGCUGCAGCGGCGGCUGCUGCGGCUGCCGCAGCAAAUUCAGCUCAUGGUCAUCACCAUCAUCAUCAUCAUAAUCAUCAUCACCAUCAUUCAACAACAACAACAACUACGAGUACCGCCACGGCACCUCCUCCUCCUGUGACAGCGUCGUCGUCGUCGUUGUCAACUACAUCAUUUCCAACUGUCUCUAUUAAUCACCCUUAUCAUUAUCAACAACAAAAUCAAGGCUUAAAAGGCUCCAAUGAGACGAUCAAUACGCUGCCUGGAUUGAUAACCACCGCCACAACAUCACCUCAUAAUAACAAUACUACUAAUACUAGUAAUAAACGAUCAUAUGGUAAUAGUAAUAGCGGAGGUGUUGGUGGUGGUGGUAGUGGUCCACAACGUCGUUCACUGUUAGUCACUGCAAGUACAUGUUCUCCUGUGAAAAAUACCACACCGUCGAAUAGAUGUAGUAAAUCAAUCCAUCCAAAUGCAACACCUAUCUCGAGUAAUCCCAUUACCACUAGUACUAGUAGUAAUAGUAUUGAUGAGUCUGUUAUUCACACAACUUGUUGUCCACCAGGCAACACAAUGACACUAUCUCAUUCUACAGUUUCAUCAUUAGACGUACACUUACCAUCUAUUCCUGGAGUGAAUGCAUGUGCACCAUUGAAUUUACCUGUUAGUCAAGUCAAUCCUCCUCCUGCUCCUCCUACUUCUGCUGCUGCUUCUGUGAUCCCUACUCCGACCACUACUCAUCACCAACAACAACAUCAGCGUGUAACAAGACAAUCAUCUAGUACACUCGAUAGUUUAUCACAGAUAUCGUCUAAACGUGCAGUAGAUAGUUUAGAUUCUACUCCUGUCACAACAACAACUGCAACAGGCAGUCGACGUCAACGACGAUCUGAAUCAAAAGCAAGUGUACUUCCAGUCACAACAUCAAUUCCUUCAAUGUCAACAACAACAGAUCCAAUUCAUCCAUCCUUGAUGACAACCAGUACUGCCAACACCUUUUCCUGUACUCCAACAUCUACAAUUAUUACUAAGUCAAUGGAAUCUAGCCUUCCUAGUCAUCAUUCUGUACCGAUGUCACAUAGUGGAAUGCUGUUAUCUUCUUCAAAUGAUCAUAUACAAAAGGUUAAACGAAAUAGUACAACCAUUAAUACUACUUCUACUGCUCCCAAUGUUGUCCGUACAUCUUCCGUGGAUCCGUAUGAACCAAAUUUUGAUGAAGAAUCACCAAUAGGAUUUAAUCCAGCACAGUUGCAUCCUCAUCGAGUAGCCUCGCCUUCAUUGUGUCCAUCACCGAAUUCUGUUCAUCAUCCUCAUCAAUUGCGUAAAAUAACUCCAAACUCUACGACGACGACAACGACCACAGCAACAACAACACCGACAAAUUCACAAUCAUUUCCUGCCGUUUCUUUAUCGAUUACUUCAUCUCCGUCACCAAUCCAUCCUUCUACAUCAUCAAUAUCAUCGUCAUCAGGACUUAUAAUAGUUGAUUCUAAACCACUUCGAAAUACUGAAACAGUCCCAUGCACAACAACAGCUAUGACAACACCAACAACUGUUGCUACCACUACUACUACUUCAAAGCCUGAUACUGAUCCUCCUAAUGUUGUUGUAAAUAUACCAUCCACCUGUCAUUCAGUGAAUACAGUAGAUGAAGUGAUUAGUGAAGUAUGCGCUGGUCAUUUUGAUGUUCAAAGCUACUUUAAAAAUUGGAUUUGCACAGCAGCUACCACUACACCCACGACCACCAUCACUACUACUGCUGCAGCUGCUGUCGUCCCUCCUCCGCCUACCGUAACUACUCCAGCAGGAAUGCCUCAACAACCGAAAGUUACUGUCAACACUGUCCAACUACAAGAAUGUCUAAAUGCGCCUAUCACUACUGUAUCGAAUGUUUCAACGUGUCCUGCAGUCAGUAGUACGACUACUAUUAGUACUAUUACUAGUAGUAGUAAUAGUAGUACUCCUACAGUUACAACAACCAGUUUACCAUUACAAUCUACCACUAAUCCAGCCAUAGUAACCAAUAUAACCACCGGUACACCGACAGGAGGAAUACCAUUCUCACUGCCAAUUACAAGUGAACCGAUUGUUGCUGCUGUCACAAUACCAACUGGAAAGACGAGUAAUUUAGGAAAGAAUGAUUCAAAUAAUGGUAUAAAUAUUGGGACUGGAAGUGCAGUGUUAAACACUCUACUGGCUGCUCUUCAACUUAUUCCAGGCAGUCAGGUAACAGUGACUGGACCAGCAGCAGCAGCUGGAGUUGUUGGGAAUAAUAAUUCACGCACAAUAUCCGCAGCGACUAUUACUCUACCUGUGAAUGCAGCACAACAAGCAGCUGCUAAUAUAAAGGCUGCUGUUCUAUCCGUUACAAAUCCCAACAAUCAAGGCAAAACACCCAAUCUGAACUGGAAUCAACAAGAGUCAUCAUUGUCAUCAUCAGCGACAUCAGCAGCAGUUGUUAAUAAAAAUCAAAAUGAACAACAAGUUAAUACUAUGAUGCAUAAAGUGUUUAAUCCAAAUGUUUCUACACCCUCUAAUAAUAAUAGCAAUAAUAAUAAUAAUAUCCAGUCUAAUGUUGUUAUGCAUAAUCGUUUGAAUACGCCGACACAACAAUUAAAUCCAUCAUCACAGGUUAUUGUGUCAACAGGUUCAGGUCAAUCAUUACCAUUUCUUACACAACAUGCUCAAAUGAAUACUCCUCCUGCUCCUCCUCCUAAUCUAACUCAUCAAUAUCCUAAGUCAUUACAAUCGAAUGACUCUGUUGUCUCUAGCACAGCAACAACAUCAUCAUCCUCUGCACCUCCACUUUAUCAAUUACAAAUGGCUAUGGAGUCAGCAUCGAAUCGACCACCGCAUCUUACAUCAUCAUGUGAACAAAAACCACAACCACCACCACCAACACAACAACAACAACAGAUGAUUACUCCACCUGUGUUCACAUCAUCCUCAUCAUCAUUAUCAUCGGGAAAGUAUUCAAAUAUCCAAAUGACUCAUGCAUCCAAUCCACAUGUCUCAUUAGUCUCUCACUCACAACAACAACAACAACAGCCGCAAAAUAACCCAUCCACCAUGGUAAGACAGUCAUUCACUCCUGUGGCUGCUACUGCCAACACUAUCCCACCUUCAUCACCAACAGUAAUAAACGGCAGCCAUCCUCUGCAUCAUCAUCCUCCUCCUCCUCCUUCUCCUCUUGUUAAUCAAAUGACAUCAAGGAAUUUAUCAAAUGCUGCUGUACCACCACCGCCAUCAUCACCAAUGAUUCCAGGCGGUGGUGGUGGUGUUGGUGGUUGUCGUAAUCCUUCGUCAACUAUUCCACCGCUGACAAAUAAUCCAGUCUUACAGACAUUAAUCGAUCGAUUGGGUGGGAAUGUAGAACCUUCAGUAGCUAUGGCUUUAUUCCAUGCUGCACUCAACGGGGGGAAUGCUACUACUAAUACUAAUACCACUAAUAAUAGUAGUAACAACAAUAAUAGCGGUAAUCUACGCCGAAAUCUUAAUGAUAAUUCAUCAACUGAUACACAAGUUAAUCCUUAUCUAAGACAUGUAGCUCAACAGCUUUUAGAUAAUCGAGUGUGCAAUGGUAAUGUUAAGCCAACAAUCCCGAUUAGUAGCAGUGGUAGUCAUUCGGAUACCUCACAAAUGCAUACGAAAAGUUUAUCUCCAUCAGUUCAACAUAUUCCUGUGAAUAAUAAUAAUAAUACUAACCAUAGUAAUAAUACUAAUCCUAAUAAUUAUGCUUCAAGUCCUCAUCUUCAUCGACCUGCAUCUGCCGCUGCUGUCCAACAACAACAACAACAACACCAGCAACAGCAACAACAACAAAUGCCUUUUAUUGCUCCAGUUAGAAUUACUCCUGUAGACACUGAAAUGAUGAAUUCAUUGGAUCACACGUCGAAUACAAUAAUAUCACCACCAGUUGUUCAAACACGUCUACCCGUUGUAUCUGAACCACCUUCAGGGAAUAACAAUCAUAGUAGUAGUAAUAAUAAUAAUAAUAGUAAUAACAAUAAUAACGGUAAUACUAAUAAUAACAACAACAAUAACACUGCUUCAGAUAUGCAAUCAUGGAAUUCACUAGGAUCGUCUUAUCCUCUUGUAUGGCAAGGUCGUCUAUCGUUGAAAAAUAUGGAAACUCGUGUUGCUCUGCAUUUUGUACAAGGCAAUCAUAAUCUCCUUAACGCGUGUAUGACACUUCUAGCAUCAGGUGGUGGUGGACAACCACAAUUCUCACUGAUCACAAGUGGUGGCCCCCUGAGAAUUGUUCAACGGAUGCGUUUAGAACCUGCACAACUUGAAGGUGUACAACGGAAACUGAAUCAAGAGGGUGCUUCAUGCGCAUGCUUAGCUCUGCCUGCUGGUAGCAGUCCUGUUGAAUUGGCACAACAAACACAAAUAUUGAAUGAAAAUUUUAUACGCUAUAUGCAAGAGAAAAUGGCGGCUGGAAUCAUUAAUGUUGGUCAUCCUGAUUAUCAACAGGGUUUGUAUGUAGUGCAUAUCUUUCCACCGUGUGAAUUUUCGCAUGCUCAUCUCAGUCUUGUUGCACCAGAUUUACACCGAUGUGUUGUACAAGCGAAUCAAUCUCAUUUAUUGGUUGUCAUAACAACAGUGUAAAAUGAAUGCAUGAGAACGAAGGGUUGGCUGACGGGUCAUACACAAUUCAACAGCUCAACAUGUUGGUGGUGGUGGUGAUAUUGUACAUAUAUAUUUGAUUGGAAGUCUCAGUUUUGUCAGUCGCUGAAUCUGUCUCCACCGGUGAGGCGCUUGCACACGCGCUUGAUGCAUAAUCCUCUCUGAUGAUGGUGAUGAUAAUGAAGAAAUCGACUAUUUAUUUUAUUGCUGGCUGCUAAUAAGGAGAACAAUCGUAUGGUGAUGAUGAUGAUGAUGAUAAUGACGAAAUCUGUGUACGCCUACCACAAUACUAUUUAAUAGGCAGCAAAAUCAAAAUCUUCUCUUCCGUUCCUUCUUUAUUUAGUGUUUGUGUUUGUGUUGAGUUGUCUUCAUAGGAGAACUUUCCCCCCCGCCCCCCACACCCAGCUAUAUUUAAUGUCUCGCAUUGUUCAAGCUGACUGUACUCACUCACUUACAAUCCGUCUGCGCAUCACACUUCUUCCUCUUUGCCUAUUUAUUAUUCCUCAUCAUUCUAUACAGAAAAUAUUCAGGGUAAAAUUCAUAUUUCUUCAAUCUUCUCUCUCAAUCGCUCGUCUCAAAUGUCGAUUUUUAUUUUAGCCAAUUUUGAUUAUUGAAAUACUUCAACGUGUGUGUGUGUGUGUGAUGAAUAUGCCCUGCACGCACACUCACAUUAAGACACACACGCCCACACACACAUCUGGCGCCUUGAUUCCCUUUGUGCAAUAAGUACUUUAUCUCUCUCUAUCUCUCUGCAUAUAUCUGCAUUGAUUACUCUCCUCUUGUGUGUGUGUGUGUGUGUUUGUGUGCGUGCGAGCGUAUUUUCUAAUCCCAAAAAUAUCCCGGUGGUCUUGUGUUGUUUGUUGCUAACCUUUUCUCUAUCUCUCUCUCCCUUUCUCUCGCGCUCUUAUUCCACCCCCCGUCGGCAUUCUUGAGUUGUCUUUUUAUAUUCUCUUGUGAUUAUUGUUGUUCCUGUCUUAUUUUUGGUCACUACUUUCUUGUCGUCAGUGUUAUCCUGAUAUUCCUUCUUUUCUUCACUUAAACAUGAAUGUGUAGUUUGUGAAUGUGUAGACGUGUGUAUGUGCGUUGUGCAUAUUGAUGGAGUGCUGCUUACUUCUUUCUAUUUCUGCGAUGACACUAUCUCUUGUGAGUAUAUGACGCUUACUGUAUUAUAUAGAGUUCUUAUCUCUUCAAUUUGCUUUGCUCUCCCAUAUAAUAAUAGAAGUGAUAAUUUAUUGUACUACACACUAACUGCAAAUACUAUUAACACCAUCAUCCUAAGAACAACUGCUACUUCUGCUGCUAUUCAACAACUACUGUCGCCGCUGUUGCAACGUCUAGUACUACUACUACUACUCCUACUGCUACGCCUGCUAGUACUUGUCUGGAUAACAAAACAAAAUACCCCCAUCGAUCCCUAUACUGAUUGAUCCAGCUUAUUGUCUUGCUAUGCUGUGCUGUGCUGAUUGAUAUUCAUUCACAUUGCUACAUCAUUGCUAUCAAAUUUGAUUUUAAACAACAAACUGAAGAGGAGAUCCUGCCUUUGUUGUUGAUUUUGAUGUCGGUGUUGGUGUUGGUGAUACAGAAGAAGAGGAAAGAAGCAUAGAACGUGAGAAAAAUCUUCAAACUACCACUUCUAUUACUUCUGAAUGCAGGUGUCGUUUCUGUGUGUGUACAGCUGUGAAAAAAUCUUUUGAUUUAACAUACAUAUAUACCUAUUUCUCUCUCUCUCGCCCUCUCUCUCUCUAUUCGUCAGUCGUUUACUCUGUGCUAUUCUUCCGUUCUUUACUAUUUGAAUCAAAGAGAACACCGUUUUCCCCUCUUUCUCCCUCUGUCUCUCUCUCUAUAUAUAUAUACACAUACAUUCUCUACACACCUGUGUGUAAGUAAUGUCAUAUUUGCAUAUAGAACACAUUACAGGAGCCGAUGUGUGUGUGUGUGUGAUAACUUACUUCUUCAGAAGAAAGUACAGUAUAUAUAUAUAUACUAUAUAGUAUUCCUGUAAAAUAUAAUUACAUAUAUGAUUUAUUGAUUGAUUCAUGGCACACACACACCCUUACCCUCCGCACAGACACCGUUCUCUCUCUCCCUGUCUCUUUGUGAGAACGCCUUGUACACACAAAAACACUUAAUCAUCACACUCAUCUUCAUUGAUCGAUUUGAAAACUAUCCACCACCACACACAAGGAGGGGGGAGGGUCGGGAAGGGGAAGUGAAUCGAUUUUUUCUCUCGUGUUUGUUUCACAACAAUUAUUUGUAUUGUAGAGUUUCUUCUUUUGUGUGCAGUUGAUUGGAGUUGCUUUCUUUUCUCUCUCUCUCUCUCUUUCUCCUAAUUUGAAUUUCUAUACAAUCGACUAAACAGUACAGCAAUGAUAGAUAAAUGAGUUUUUUCCCCAUUUUAUAUACACAUAUAUAUCGAUCGAUCUCAUUCUUUCUCAUAUUGUUAUUAUUAUUAUUGUUUAUUAUUAUUAUUAUCGUUAUCGUUAUUAUGAUCUCCUUGUCCUUCUAUCUUUCCUCCUUCCAGUCCUGCUGUUCGUAUAUGAUGAUGUAUAAGUGUAUGUAUGUAUUGUGUGAGAGUGUACACCUGUUGUCCCGUUGAGUUUUCUUCAGUCUAUCUAUCUAUGUAUCUAUCUAUCUGUCUAUCUACACAAGGCAUACAAGUAUAUAUCCAUCAUAUGUAUGGUAUAUAUAUAGUCUCAUUUUGCCUACUAAUCACUAUUACUACUACUCUUACGUCUGUCUCCCUUCUAGCCUGCCUCUCCUCUCUUUCACUUCUGCGUUUUGUACUACACUCAUCCACUUAUCAGAUUAUUAUUAUUAUUAUUGUUAUUGUUAUUAUUAUUAUUAUUAUCGUUAUUAUUAUUAUGUGACAUGGAAUGAAAUUGAACGAUAUAUUCAAAUUUCUUAUAUAUAUUAUGGUUACUAUUACUAUGAUUAGUAUUAUUACUAUUGUUACUAUUGCAACCAUUACUACAAUUACUAUUAUUAUUAAUUCUAUUGCUAGCUAUUAUCACACACACACACCAUCACUAUCGUUAUUAUUAUUUUUUUGUCUCUCUGUAUCUAUCUAUCUAAAUUUUCCCCUUUUUGGUUAAAUGAUUCAGUACACAUAUAUAUAUAUAUAUAUACAUACGUACAUAUAUAUAUAUUUGUGUGUGUGUGUGUGCGCGUAAGCAAAUGCUGCAAGAGCAUACACUACACACACAUACACAUACAGAUAGACAGACAGACACUCACACUCACGUAUGCACGUGUUUGUAUUUGUAUAAAAUUACAUUAUCAAUUUCGA